AUGUCGAACGUUGGUAAAAAAUUAAAUAAUGUCAAUCAACAUCAUCUUAAAGAAGAGAGUGUCCAAGCUGGUGACGUUGAUGCUGUGCCGCAGUCAAUGAAAGAAGUCCUGGAAUUAAUGGACUCAAUAAAUCGACGUCUCGAGGACUGCGCCAUGGAGUGGCAAUCGAAAAUUUCAAAGCAGCAAUGGAAAAUUUUGAAUGAUAAAUCAGCAGUCGAAAUAGCCUGGGAUCAAUCUUUACUUGCCCGCACCUAUUUUACGGAUAAAAUUAUCGAUGAAACCUUCAAAAAAUUGCUAGCCCAUGCCCGAUCGUUUAUAGAAAAUUUAAAUAAUUUCAUAGCUCUAUUGCGCGGUGAACGGAUAACAGCAACGCGAGCUACCAAAGACGCGCAAAUUCAAAGCAACGAAGUUCCAUCACCUAGAGCUGGUCAACAAUCAAAUGACCCAGUGGUAGCACCACUGGAUCUUUCACUGCUGGAUGACAAAACUGACCAGCGUUCUGGGAGACGAAGGAGCAAAAGACUCGCGGCAGGAAACACAUCCCGCGGAGUCCAGCAGUGCUUCGCUGAUUUGAUAAAAGCUAAGAUAGAUCUUGACACUAAAUUUCUAGGAUUCGAAGCUGUUUUGAACGGCUCCAAUAGCAUCACUAUGCCUCCAACAGAAAGGGUGUCUUGUCUCUGUCAAAUUUGUUCAAAUAUUUUGGGAACAGUAAUUGAUAACGAGAAGGUACUAAAAGACGUUACGAAACCAAAGGUCAGAAAAACUAGCGCGAGAUCAACCGGUAAAAGGCUCGUUAAAUCAUCAAGAAUUUGGAAAACAACUCAGGAUAGAAAGCAGUCAUUAUCUCUUGGUCACAUUGACGAUAAAUCGAUUUCACCGAAUAAUCACAAAGAAUAAUUAAAAAAAAUAACUUAAAAAUUUUUAUAUUAAUUUAUAUACCGACCAAUCAAAUUUGAGUAUAGGUGCUGAUAUAUCCGUAUAAUAAACAAACAUAUUUAUUUUUUUUUUAAAUAUUUUAUAAAUAUCUUUUGUUAAAUUAAUAAUAUCGUAGCACAAUUAAUAUUGAUUUACAAUAAAAUAUGAAAUAUAUCUAUUGCGA